AUGUCGAAGCCUGAGGACGCUCCUGCCCCCGCCACCGACCUUCAGAUCACUGACGGUGAGAUCCAGUCGAACUGGGAUGAGGUGUACGACAACUUCGACAACAUGGGUCUGAAGCCCGAGCUUCUCCGUGGUGUGUUCGCUUAUGGUUUCGAACGCCCUUCGGCUAUUCAGUCGCGCGCCAUUGUCCCGAUCAUCAAGGGUCACGAUGUGAUUGCCCAGGCCCAGUCUGGUACUGGUAAGACGGCUACCUUCUCGGUGGCUAUCCUGGAGCGCAUUGACCCGAACCUGAAGGCCGUUCAGGCUCUGGUGCUUGCCCCUACCCGUGAGCUGGCCCAGCAGAUUCAGAACGUCGUUGUGGCUCUCGGUGACUACAUGAACAUCCAGUGCCACGCGUGCAUUGGUGGUACCAACGUCCGUGAGGACAUGGCCCGCCUUAGCGACGGUGCCCAGGUCGUUGUGGGUACCCCCGGUCGUGUGUAUGACAUGAUCAACCGUCGUGCCUUCCGCACCGACCACCUGAAGAUGUUCUGUCUCGAUGAGGCCGAUGAGAUGCUUUCGCGUGGUUUUAAGGACCAGAUGUACGAGGUGUUCCAGCUUCUGCCGCAGGACACUCAGGUCGUGCUGCUCUCGGCUACCAUGCCGGAGGACGUGCUGGCCGUCACCAAGAAGUUCAUGCGUGACCCUGUCCGCAUUCUCGUGAAGCGUGACGAGCUUACGCUUGAAGGUAUCAAGCAGUUCUACAUUGCUGUUGAGAAAGAGGAGUGGAAGUUCGAGACGCUUACUGACCUCUACGAGACCGUCACCAUUACACAGGCCGUUAUCUUCUGCAACACCCGCCGCAAGGUCGACUGGCUUACUGAGCAGCUCCACGCCAAGGAGUUCACCGUGUCGGCCAUGCACGGUGACAUGGACCAGAAGGAGCGUGAGGUGAUUAUGCGUGAGUUCCGCUCGGGUUCGUCGCGUGUACUGAUCACCACCGACCUGCUUGCCCGUGGUAUUGAUGUGCAGCAAGUCUCGCUGGUUAUUAACUACGACUUGCCGACGAACCGCGAGAACUACAUUCACCGUAUUGGUCGUGGUGGUCGUUUCGGUCGUAAGGGUGUGGCUAUCAACUUUGUGACUGAGGAUGACGUCCGCAUGAUGCGUGACAUUGAGCAGUUCUACAACACCCACGUGGAGGAGAUGCCGCUGAACGUGGCUGACCUCAUCUGA